AUGUCCUUUCUAGAGAAUUUUGAUUCAACAAUUUCUUUAGCCCUUGUAGCUUCAUAUAUAUUGCACUCCAUUAUUCCUUUAAGAAAUAGAUUUGGACAAUUGCACAUGGGUUCACUUGUUAUUUCAGCCGAAGAUGGUGAUCAGCCACAAGGCAAGGAUGGGAGAUCCGAUGCUACAGGAUCUCUAUGCUCCGAUGAUAGACUCAGGGCUGAGGCUCAAGUAUAUGUGUUGCCUUUUAACGUUUGUAGAGCCCUUCUCUAUCUUUUCUACUUACUCUCUUCUGAAUUUUCAUUUGAUUUUCAACAGGCGAAUUCACAUAAUCUUGCACAGGAGAAUGGUGUAAAUGAUUUCCUUCCUCUUGGAAACUUAGAGAAAGUUGUAAAAGAAAUUGCUGAUCAGCCACUUCCACUUGUUGAUGGGAUUGAAGAUCAACUUGUGGAGUUUUCGAUAGCCAUGAGAAGUCCAACAUUUGCUAAGAAUCUUGGAAACUUUGAGCAAAAAGUAGGAGGCUCAGGAUCCAUGAAACACUAUCCAAUUGAGCUUGAAAAUAGUGAAAAAUCUCAGAGGUGUUGUGGAGAAAAUGGGAUUUGCUCUCAUGUCUUGUUGAUGUGCAUAGUGUCAAGCAAAGUAGCUCGAAAUGUUAUCAAGGUGGACAACAAGUUUUUCUAG